AUGAGAGUAGCCUUCGUGCUGAGGUGUGCUGUAUUAGUCCUCCUAUUUGUGACAUAUCUAGUAUCUAGUAUAAGUUGUUACUCGUGCACUUUUAACUUCAAUGACGUAUACGACAGUGAAGAUGGAUGGUGUGCGAACGACACACUGCUCGAGAAGCAUAAGAACGAAGUCAUCAGGCCUUGCGCGCCGUGGGAAAAAGAAUGUAUUGUAAGUUUAGGUAAUAUCCAUAAAUAAUAGCUUCUCAAAGCAGUAGUCAUAGUUUGACAAUGGUCAAAGUAAUGCCAUAAUAGAUAUAAUAUUAUUGGUACACAAUUACUUUGUCAAUACAACACGCCUACCACUUUUGUGAUUUAUAAAGAACGCCUACUAACUACGUGACUUAAACAAAAAUAACAAUAAUCUGACGACCUACCCCUUUCAGACUACAGUAACCACAACCCUGAACUCAUUUACUUCUAUCACUCGAGGUUGUGCAGCACAAUGUCCGGAAUUAUGUGAUUCUGAUGGUUAUGGCCAACAUCAAGUAACUUGUGCCAAGUGCUGCAAUAAGAGCAAUUGCAACAAUGAUACAGGAGUAACGUACUAUCUGGACGUCAUGUACAAACAGUACACGUACUGGACGAAAGCUCUGCCCGACGAGAUCAAGUUUAAUCGAGAAAACAAAAUAAAUUUCCCAUAUUAA